AUGUAUGUAAAAUUAAAAUCAGUCAGACUACCUGGUGACUGUUGUCACUGUUUGAAGUGUUGGACUCUUUUGACACAGGAGGUAGCGGGUUACCAGCGCGCUGUGAUAGUGGCGUACAUCACCGAGAUAUCUCAGAGUCUCGAGGAGAUGCCCGAGUCUGAGCGAGAUCGACCGCUUCACAAACCGUCCGUCAGACUGCUAGUGGAACUACUCAGACAAAUCAUGGACCCCCUGUCUCAUGUUGUGUUGAGCCUACAACUGUUGCGGACCUUCAGCCAUUUUUCUGAUAACCUGGUUGUCAUGGUGAACUGUCAGGCUGCGCCAGCAGUGUUGGGUUGUAUGGCCGUUUAUCUGGACGUCACGGAGAUCCAACAGUACGGGCUGGACAUACUGGCCAGAAUAGCCAGCUACCGACCAAGACUGGCCGAAAAAAUUCCCCUGAGAGAGACGGCCCUAGAGAUGAUCCUUCGAUCUAUUCAGCGUCAUCAGAAGAGCAUCCUUAUUGUGCCCCCCGGCUGUAGGACGCUGGUCAAUCUCACCUGUAGCCUUCAGGAAAAUCUCGACAACUUCCUCUCCUCAGACACAGAAUUUUCACCGGAGGUCGGGGAAGCUGUAGAGAGAUACGACGCGUUACUGAGACACAUCUUCCAGCACGCUGUCCCUGUGAUCCAGUCCGUACUACAGGAAUACCCGAACAACUUAGACGUGAAGACCGAGGGUCGACGAUUCCUGUACAACUACUCUAAAAUGACGCAGUUCACGCAAAAGAAAAAGUUACAAGCUCUGUCUAAGUCAACACAAGACGAGGAAAGUCAGGAGCUCACAGAGACGUUAACGACCCCCAAAAUGUUUGUAUCUAACGACCAGGAAGAGGAGCCCGCGGGAAUUCUCAAAAAGACGGAAGAGAAAGGUUACAUGGCUGCCCUGGAUCGCAAAGUCCACUUCGCCGACAAAGAACCACUGGACUCCAUGACCAGCUCAGAGGACGAAUCUGACCUUGACCUUCAGACUACAGAGGUCAAGGCCAGGUUAGAGGUACAGGAGACUGUUAUUCUGAGUGAGGAGGCUGCUGAAGCUCUGAGAUUAAAAUCUGUCACAAGUCAGGAGGGUGUUCAAAUGAGACGGAAGGAAUCGGAAAAGGAUGAGACACGAGAGAGACGGUACACGUCGGAAAUGAAAAUUAACGUGAGUGGGAAGGGCCAGAUCCAGGAGGUGGUCGCCAAGUGUGGUCAAACAGACAUCACCAUAGCAACCAACCCCACCCCUAGCAACCCAGUGUCCAUAUUUUGUCCUACGGUAAAUUGUAGAGGUCAUGUACGCAACUCGGAGCCCAUUUGUCAACCUGACCCGAUGUUUGAUGUGAAUGAUAUUCCAGCAGAGGAAAAUCAAUCUAAAGGAAUUUUAUCUAAAGACAAUGAAGACACAAAUAGAAAUAAUGAUGGGAGUUCCACUCUUAAUGAAUGUCAGACAAAUAAGCUAAGAGAAUAUGACAGGAAAGAGGAUAGUGCUGUGUUAGGUCCAUCUCGGCAACAAACAUUAGACACAAGAAUUGCUCAUUCUACAAACUCUCUGGACAAAAGUAACACUCAAUCUUCAAACUCACAGGAAAUGAGUAAUUCAAACUCACAGGACAAGAGUAAGGCUCAGUCUUCAAACCCACAGGACAAGAGUAAGGCUCAGUCUACAAACCCACAGGACAAGAGUAACACUCAGUCUCUAAACUCACAAGACACAAAUAAGACUCAUUCUCUGAUCUCACAGGAUUCUACAGAGGAGGAAGAUUAUGUACCAAUGGAUUGGCCUCGCACUGACGGCCUCGGGACACAAGAGAACGGAGAGACUUGUGAAGAAGUCUGCUUGAGAGAGAAGUCAGGUCAGAAGUCGGGAGUGUUACGAUACUCGCUGUCAGAUGUGUCGUUAUGUACCAAAGUCAUCAGGCUACAGGUGACUCACCACAUCAGCUCUUUGGUGUUUGAAGGUAAAGAUGCUCAGGCUCUCUCUGUCAUUGACAAACCCCUGCACAGUCUUUUAGAGGUCAGUGGGGCACCACAAGGGUUACAGGAAUAUGUCAAAUCUCAGUACAGCGACAGUAAAACCUUGAUGGACCUUGAUACAGCUUUCCUCAUCAGCAUUAUAGACGCCAUUAGAUACAGGUCUCUCUUUCAUGACCUUGUUCAGAAGAGUGUCCUUGAGGUCAUGAACUGUAUGUUUGGUAAAUACAGCCUUGAUGUCCUGAAGGUGGCCUUGACCUGUUUGACCUCUGUGUUCCAGAACCAGCAUAUCCUGCCCCAGUUAUCAGAGUCCACAUUUUUGAAGGAGGCAAAAGGAAUUAUAUCAAAAUUAUCAGGUGUUUUACAAACAGACGUACCAGCAAUACGGGAACUUCACAGGGUUGUGAGUGACAUCACAUCACAUGCACCAAUCUGUAGUCACAACACAAGAGCAAUCAGACAGCACUUUACCCCAUAG